AAAAGUCUAAAAUAAAAAAGUAAUGUUUAAUCUAUAUUUGGAAUUACUUGAAGUAAAGGCCUAAUCCGAAGCAUUUUCCAAGACGGCACAUCAAAGCAGUGGAAGAGAAAGUUCGUGAUUUUUCCUAAAUUAUUUUGUUUUCAUAUUAAUAAAAUCGGAUAAAAAAAUGUUAGCGGCGAAAGAAAUUCCUUCGGAUCACAAAGACUUGAUUCACGAUGUUUCGUUUGAUUUUCAUGGUCGUAGAAUGGCCACAUGCUCAAGUGAUCAGACAGUGAAGGUAUGGGAUCUGGGUGAGGAUGGAGAAUGGAAAUGCACAUCAAGUUGGAAGACUCACUAUGGCUCUGUGUGGCGGGUAACUUGGGCACAUCCAGAGUUUGGUCAAGUGCUAGCAACAUGUUCAUUUGAUAAUACAGCUGCUGUAUGGGAGGAACAGAUUGCAACAGAAACCCGACGUGGAACAGGGACACUGAGAGGUCAAAGCUUCUGGGAAAGAAAAGCAGGGCUGGUGGACAGUAGAACAUCUGUGACAGAUGUAAAAUUUGCCCCACGGCAUCUCAAUUUACAACUGGCUACUUGUUCUAAAGAUGGAAUUGUAAGAAUUUAUGAGGCUGCAAAUAUAGCUAAUUUAAGUCACUGGACAUUGAUGCACGAGAUCAAAUGUAAAUUAAGCUGCAGUUGCAUAUCCUGGAAUCCAUCAAGAAACUACGCUCCGAUGAUCGCAGUUGGUAGUGACGACGCUAAUCACUCGUCUGGAGGAAAAGUACAAAUACAAGAAUAUAGUGAAAUUUCUAGAAAGUGGCAAAAAGUUAAAACGUUAGAUGGAAUAACAGAACCAGUCCACGAUGUGGAGUUUGCUCCAAAUCUUGGCAGAUCCUAUCACUUGUUAGGUAUCGCUUGCAACGAUGUCAAGAUUGCAACACUUGAACCUAACACUAAUAAUCCGAAUAGCAAAGAAACUCAAUCGUCGUCAAAGUUUUCUGUCAAUAUGGUUGCUCAAUUUAAAGAACACGGAAAGGUAUGGAGGUUACAGUGGAAUGUAACGGGGACCAUAUUAGCCUCUUCUGGUGAUGAUGGUAGUGUACGACUUUGGAAAGCUAACUAUCUUGAUAACUGGAAGUGUAUUGCUGUAUUAAAAGGCGAUGGCAAUCCUGCAGAAAUCCUGGGUUCUAGUGUACCUAGUGGCAUGAUGAGUACUUAAUUGAUUUAAUUCUCAAUGAAAAAAUAGCUUGAUAAAGGUUGGAAUGUUCAACGAAGUUCAUAUUGCACACAUAAUGAAGAGAAUCAGAUCAUGUUCUGUAGUCUGUACAUAAAAUUUUAGGUCAUCUACAUUCUUGUAAUAAAACUCAUUGCAAUUACGUAAACUGGAACUUCUUUAGUGGUAUAUUUAUGGGGCUGCCGUGUUUGUUAUAUAAUGCAAAAACCUGUGGUAUAAAUAUCACUGUACCGUCAGUAGUUGUAAGUGGUUCAACGCGGUUUUGAUGUGAAUGUCUCUCAUAAUCAACUUCGAGCACCGUCAGUUUGAAGACGCUUUGCUUCGAUUUGCAAAAACAGCAGCUGCAUUCACUUUCCAGUAAAUAACAUAGAUGAC